AUGAAUAUGAUGGGCAAACGUGUGAAUUAUGCAUGCCGAUCGGUGAUUACACCGGACCCGUAUUUGGACGUUGAUGAAAUUGGUAUUCCUGAAUUGUUUGCGAAGAAAUUGACAGUUACGGAGUGGGCCAAUGCGAUAAAUUUGCCAAAAUUGCGAAAAAUGAUCAAGCGUGGUCCAGAUUCGCAUCCCGGAUUUUUUUUUUAUGUGGGAAAUGCGGAAGCGCCAAGAAUAAGAAAACCUGGUGGAUUUACACAGAUUUUAUCGAAACAAAAAUGCAAUGAGCGGAAUGCAGCUGCAAAGCGACUUCAGCCGGGCGAUAGCUCGCGGCUACCAUAUCCAUUUCAGGUACUAAGACAUUUGGACCGUGGUGAUUUGAUGUUGAUGAAUCGGCAACCAUCGCUGCAUAAGCCAUCGAUGAUGGGACAUCGAACUCGUGUACUCAAAGGACAGCGAGCAUUGCGCCUCAAUUAUGCGCCCUGUAAAGCCUACAAUGCGGAUUUUGAUGGUGACGAAAUGAAUGGACAUUUUGUGCAAAAUCGAAUUGCGCAGACUGAACUUGCUGAAAUCGCGAAUGUUGGAUCGAAUUUUUUGGUACCAAAGGACGGGACACCAUUACUGGGUCUUAUCCAGGAUCAUGUGGUAUCUGGAGUGCUAUUGACAAUACGUGGGAGAUUUUUCUGCAAAGAAGAUUUCAUGCAUUUGGUACUGUCCGCUUUCGCCGAAACCACGCAGCGACUUAUCAUUCCUCCACCAGCAAUGCUUAAACCAAGGAUGCUAUGGAGCGGCAAGCAGGUAAUCGUGUUUUUCAUAAUUUUUGGUCUGAACCUAUCUUUGAUUUUUACGAAACUUUGCUGA